GUGUCAGUGAAGGCAUCAAGAUGAGAAGUCUGUAUUCCUCAACUGGCGUCUUUGCGGCCAUGGUAACACCGAGCCCCGUUCAUCGGACAGAAAACCCUCCCCAAGCAAGCAAUAUUCAUGUAGCUGCUCAUUCAACAUGAACUUGGCCGAAAUCUGUGACAACGCCAAAAAGGCUCGGGAGUACGCUCUGCUGGGAAACUAUGACACCUCUGCGGUGUACUACCAGGGCGUCCUGCAGCAGAUCCACAAGCACUGUCAGUCCCUCAGAGACCCUGCUCUCAAAGUCAAAUGGCAUCAGGUGAAGCAGGUACUAGCCGAGGAGUGUGAGCAGGUGAAAGGCAUCAUGGGAACCCUUGAUAGUUUCAAGUCUGAAAAGCCAAUGGACGUCUUUGUUCCUCAUCCAGAAGAGCUCCCUGGGGAUCCAACAGUUUGGCCCCCACCCAUCCCUGCAGAGCACAGGAAUCCUGUUGCAAUAAAGCGGCCCAGCAGUGCAGCGAAGCAGCAGCGGAAGGAGUCUCCUGGUUUGCAGAGAGGCUUUGCACCAGGUGGACGGGGUCCGACCAAUCCUAAAGCCGAGCGGCCAGCAAACAAAGAAGCCCGAAGCUCAAAAACCAAAGACGACAAGCAGGGAAAAAAGGUUGACCCACAAGGAGAUGUGGAACAAAAGAGAUUUGAUGGAACAGGAUAUGACAGCAACUUAGUGGAGUCACUGGAGAGAGAUAUCGUGUCCCGUAACCCAAAUAUACACUGGGAGGACAUUGCUGAUCUUGAAGAUGCUAAGAAGCUGCUGAGGGAGGCGGUGGUGCUACCUAUGUGGAUGCCAGACUUCUUUAAGGGCAUUCGCCGGCCUUGGAAGGGAGUGUUAAUGAUUGGGCCACCGGGGACCGGUAAGACCAUGCUAGCCAAGGCUGUGGCCACAGAGUGCGGGACAACAUUCUUCAAUGUUUCCUCCUCCACCCUCACCUCCAAAUACAGGGGCGAGUCUGAAAAACUUGUUCGACUGCUGUUUGAAAUGGCCAGGUUUUAUGCGCCAGCAACUAUUUUCAUAGAUGAGAUCGACUCCAUCUGCGGCAGGAGAGGAACAUCUGAUGAGCACGAAGCCAGUCGCCGGGUCAAAUCAGAACUUCUGGUUCAGAUGGACGGAGUGGGAGGAGCCCAGGAGAACGAUGACCCUUCCAAAAUGGUGAUGGUCCUCGCUGCUACAAACUUCCCCUGGGAUAUUGAUGAGGCGUUACGGAGGCGACUAGAGAAACGCAUCUACAUCCCCCUGCCAACAGCUGUGGGCCGUGUGGAGCUUUUAAAGAUCAACCUGAAAGAGGUGGAGCUGGCCCCUGAUGUGGAACUGGACCUCAUCGCCCAGAAGAUCGAGGGCUACUCAGGAGCAGACAUCACCAACGUUUGCAGAGAUGCCUCCAUGAUGGCCAUGCGUCGCCGCAUCCAUGGCCUGAGUCCUGAAGAGAUACGAGCCCUGUCCAAAGAUGAGCUGCAGAUGCCCGUCACCAUGGAGGACUUUAACGAAACUCUCAAGAAGAUCUCAAAGUCCGUUUCUGCUGCUGACCUGGAAAAAUACGAAGCAUGGAUGGCCGAGUUUGGGUCCGUUUAGAGUAUUGCGGGAAAAGGAAUUCAGCAAGCGAGCAAUUCAUGCGAGCAGGAAGACGCAUCUGCGCAGACCGUCAGUGGAUGUCUUCCUCUUUUACAUGUUCUCCCCCUUGAAUGUCACAUACGGAGGGGCCAAUCAUCUAUUGAUGGCUGACCUUAAGGGCCUGGAAGGCAUCGACCAAGAAUAUCUGGCAUCAGAAGACUCACAGGCAGAGGCUUCAACGUCAUGUUUCCGUUUGCGUGAAGCAAUGCUUGUUUUCACAAAGCUGACGAACAUUCAGAAGCAUUUGGAUGACCGUCCUCUGUAAACAGAGACUCCACACUGAGGAUAUUCCUGGAUUUCUGCCUCUCAUAAAUUGGAGUGUAACACUGUAACUAAUGUUUGGAUGUCAGUCUAUGCAUAAUUUUAAAAGCAUUAAUAAAGCUAAUGUCAACACCUUGAAUGUAUUUUCUUAAUUAUCUAACACACUUGAAUUUUAGAGCAGUGUCUGUCAUUAAAAUGAAAUGUUUUUGUUGGUGUUAACAUUUGCUUUUUGUUUUUAGUGCUGUUGGUUUGACUAAUGUGAACCCCUGACAUGUGAACUAGUUAUAAGUUAAAUUUUGAAUACUAACCUAAAUGUUUUGUCAUUAAAUUAAAAACAUGAUUUCGUCUUCUGCUCA